UCGUUCCCAAAAAAAAGCCAAUUUGCAAUAGUUCGUUCCCAAAGUAGUUUGUUCCCAAAAUAAUUAUGAAAAUCCAAGAGAUUAAUGCUAAAUCGCAACAAUUAUCAAUAAGAAAAUUGGAAAUUAAAAAAACUAGUAAAAAUAAAGAUUGCAUAAUUUAUGCAGGAUAUGAUUAUAUCUUCCAUAAAUAUGGAAAGAACGCUAUAUAUUACACAUGCAGAAGAAGAUGUGGAGGAAGAGCUAAAUUUAGUAAUACUGAAUUUAGUAUCACUGUAAAACAUUUAGAAACAUGCAAGCCAAUUCAAAAUGAUUCUCUAAGUCUAACCUCUGACUUUCAAGGUCCAUCUAUAAAACUCCCUGUUCAAGAUGAUUCUCUAAGUCUAACCUCUGACUUUCAAGGUCCAUCUAUGAAACUCCCUGUUCAAGAUGAUUCUCUAAGUCUAAUCUCUGACUUUCAAGGUCCAUCUAUGAAACUCCCUGUUCAAGACUCUGAUUGCCCUAAGAAAAGAUAUAUAUCGAUAUCAACACAAACUGACAAUGCUCUAUUAAUGGACGCCUCUACACAGACAUAUAUAUCAUUAUUUUCACCAACAUCAAAUGUAUGCACUGCAGAAUGCCAAACUCUUAAUCUACAAGUUUUGGACAUCACAAAUAGUCCAAUUAUGAACCCAGAGGUAAUGGAAGAAAUAGAUGCCCAUAACAGAAUUAUCAAUAGUCCAACUAUCAUUCAAAACAAUCAAUAUAGUUUUAUAACAUCAAAAAACAACAAAAAAAUGAUAUAUUAUAACAAAUAUUUAUACAGCCAUGAUUUCGGCGACCUAUAUUACAAAUGCCGAAAGAAUACUUGUAAGGGUAGGGGUAAAUUUGGGUCACAUUUUACUGUGACCCAAACACAUAACCACCUCGAUGACGAGGAGUAUUACCACUUUCUUGUAACAAUAAAUCUUCUAAAAGACCAAAUAAAUAUAGAUACUCAUUUGAGUAUUCUAAAAAUUUAUCAAAAAGUCAUGAGGACAAGAAAAUUAGAUUUAUAUUGUAUAAAUCAUCCAAAGACUUUGCCAACAUUUUUGGCGGUGAAAUCUAUAAUGGGUCGAGUUGUUCAGUCAACUAGACCUUCAUUCCCUAUAAAUAAUUCCAGUAUUAUUUUACAUGAUGAACACAAAUUAACAAUUGAUCGGAGACAGUUUUUAUUUUUUAAUAGUGAAGAUAAUAAAAUAUUUAUUUUUACAACUUAUAAACUUUUAUCACGCCUAUGUUUGGCUGAAAAAAUUUUUUUAGACGGUACUUUUAAUGCCUCUCCUAAAUUAUUUAAACAAUUUUAUACUUUCUCUAUUUUAAUUAAUCAUACUUUAAUUAUUUGUGCUAUAUUUUAUUGCCAGAUAAAUAUAAAAAUACUUAUUUAA